AUGAUCAAUUUGAUUUCUAGCCGUUCAUAUGUUGGCAUCAAUGAGGAGAUUAUGUGGGUUAGCAUUGGCAUGGGCAUAACCAUUGCCCUAUUGAUCACCAUUGCCCUGUGCUAUAUUGCACGCGAAAAAUGUCAAAAACGUCAACGAGAAUAUUAUGUUAUUACCGCAACACCCGCCACAACAACGACAACAACAAGUACGGCAACAGCUGCAGAGGACAGCAGUUGUGGCCACACAACCACAAGCAGAACAAAGAAAGCCAAAAAAUUCUCAUUCAAAGUCAAUAAGGGAAAGUGUGAUUAUGAAAGCAGAAGGACCACCUCGGCCGCCACCACCGAUAGCAUCUCCAUACCCAAUGCCACCUCCAACGCCAUCAUCAAUCAUGGCAGCAGCCAAACAACAAGAACAAUGACCAGUUUUAGUAAUCGAGUCGCAUAUGACAGCAGCAACCAUCAACAAUGUCAGGCGGUUACUCAUCAUCUUCAUCAGCAUCCGAAUAUAAAUGUUAGAUAUUUAAAUGAACUUAAUUUGCUGUCAUCUUCAGCAGUAGCAGGAGCAGAAGCAACAGGACCAUCAUCAACAUCAUCCACUUCUUCAGCCAUAUUGCAAUUGCCAGUAAACCGGGCGCCAAUGGGGCCGGGCGACUCUACAUCAUCACCACGUCAUUCUUACCUACAUCAAAUGCAGCAGCAGCAACAUCAGAACCAUCACCCACACCAUUCCCACCUGCACCAACACCAACCUCCCCCGUACCAAUAUUAUGCAUAUGACAUUAGACCACCCGGCAAUGACCUACUGCUGGUUGUCUCCAAUGAACAAGACGAUCAAGAGCAGCAGCAGGAGGAUGAACACUUAUACAUAGAAUAUGACAACAACCAUAACAAUGGAAUAAGUUUUACCAGCUUCAAUAUGGGUUCUUGGUGUACACGUUCUUGGGGUUAA